AAGAAAACUCGCGGCCAAACCGUAGUGAAAGGAGGUUCUAGUACUCAGUGUAUUAUUUUAGACAUGUGGACUCUUUUGUUAUACUCUGUGCUUUUAAGUAGUAUGUGUGGUGAAGCGUUCUUUCAUUUAGAAAAGCCGAUUUUCUUCUGCUACAAAGUAUGUCCACUUUACUGUUCGCCGCGUCGAAGUGAUGAGGAUGCCGAAUCCCUAAUCUACUUAGACGACGAUCCAUACUCCUUCGGUCCCAGUGGGUGGGAAGAGUCUUAUAGCCCUUAUCCAUACCACAUAGGGCAUGUAAUCUAUUGCCACCCAAAACCCACCACCAGUACCACGACUACCACCACAACAACGACCAUGAAGCCGACUACUGAAGAACCCACUUGGAUCUGUAUGGUGUGCAAAACGAAAUGUAAUUAUCCUAAGAGCUAGUAGACCUAGGUACUUAGGUAGUGUAGUAGUGAAUUUUUGUUAAGUA